GAGACUCCGACAGCAGGGGCAGGGCAGACCCCAUGCUGUCACUCACGGUUCUGCAACAACAACUGCCGUUUCUCGUUGACACUGGGGCCACAUACUCCACCAUACAAGCAGCGGGCUCGUCUGCUAUGUCCAAAGACAGUGUCAGCGUUAUGGGAUUCUCCGGGGUGUCACAGAAACUGCCUAUAACAGUCCCCCUACCGGUGAAAGUGGGAAAUCAGACAUUGACUCACUCUUUUGUUGUCUCACCUCAAGUUCCAGUGAAUCUUAUGGGAAGGGAUCUUCUCAUCAAAACAGGGGCUUCAAUCUUUUGCGGCCCGGACGGACUGAGUGUCACAUUGCUGGAUGGAACUGUGUUGCAUUGCAAUGACAAUGGACAGACUAAUGGCCAGUGGGUGAUGCAGCCACUGCAACAACAACAGUGCGCAGACAUUUACUGGGGCCUCCUAAAGCCUGAGUGUCCUGACAUCCCAGGGGUGAUGGCUCUUUACCAAAAGUGGAAGCCUUGGAUAACUCUUCUUGAUCCGUAUGUUUCUCCUCCUGACCCGCCUCAUGUAACAUUGUUCUAUGAUAGACAAGGGGAUGAUUGCUACUGGGAUGAAUUUAUGGGGCACUUAGAGAGCACUGAGUGGGAGGUGACGUCCCAAAACCUCUAUGUGGGCCCAGAAGGGGUAGCCACAGCUGUUAUCCUCUCUCCUGAUCAAUUGAAAUGGUAUUUAAUAAGCCAAGAGGCGGUGCCACAUGUAUUGCUGGCUCUGCAUCCCAAACAUCAGGCUAAAGACUUGGGUCCAAUGACUAAACGAGCAGUGCUGCUAGAUGACUGGGUGUGCACUCAACUGCCUGAUGUUUGUUUUUCUCCUUCCGCUAAGAUGUACAGAAUUUCAGGGAAAGCGACUAACACUGUCAUUUUAACGCACAAACAAGUGUCCAGAGACCACGGAAGGGAGAAGACCGACCAUCCCCACACAGCUAUCCUUCUUGAGAAACUUCCAGACUACCUCUGGUCCGAAGGCCCGACUGACCGAGGUUUUUUUUAACACAUGUAAACCAGUAACGUUUGAAAUUUAAAAGCGACCCCCCAUUUGGCAGUCCCAAUACCCUCACAAGCCAGCCGCGGCAGAGGGGAUCAGGGACACUAUAGAGGGACUCAUU